GGGGGCGCCAAGAGCGGAGCUUCAGGCCGACGCCAAGGCUGGGAGGGAAGGGCGGCUUGCCGGAAGACGCGGGCUUCGUGGUAUCUGCAAAAGGAUGGCCAACUAGAGAUGUGUGGUGGAAGAUAAAGAUUGAACCAUGAAGAGGAAUAAACAGUGGAACAUCAGCAAAGCACUGGCUCUUGCCAGUUCCUAUCAUUUUCUCUAUUGUGCAGCCAAAGGCUGUAUAAUUCCAUUUCUUACCAUAUACUUGAGACAGCUUGGGUUGUCUGCACCGUUUGUUGGGAUUGUGAUUGGAACAAAGUUUUUCAUAUCCUUGAUUUGUACUCCCUUCUGGUCUUACUGUGCUGGACGCUAUAACAAAAGAAGAAUGCUUGUGUUUUGUUCCUUGAUUUCAUCUAUAGGAAUCAGCUUUCUAUUUACACUAAUUCCACCUGUAAAUAAGGAAAUUCAGUACAAAUAUUGUAACACAAGUAUGUAUACAAAAAACAAUUGGAAUCAAAAUAUAGCAGAAGACAAAAGCCACAUGGGUGAUUUUGCUAAUACCAUGCUUCCAGGAACAGUAAAUAUUGUUGUGACAAGUCAUCCUCGUUCAGAGCUCCAUAAUAUACACAGUACUGAAAUGAAAAUGAAACUCCAUUUGUUGACAACUGUAGAAUUGCCUAUUAGAAAUUCAACCAAACAACCAUCUGAGAAUAUUACAACUUCUGAAAUCUCUAUUCAACCAUCAGAAGAAGUGGGAAGUGCAAACAAUAUAGACCAUCUUCAAGCAAAACAGACUCUGCCUCUUAAAGGCUCCAGUUAUAAAAGAACUGUGGAAAAAACUACCAAGCAAUUUCCUUUGCUAAAAGAUAACAAAGAAGAAAAUGGCAGUUUAGAUGUCCAUUUAAGUACACCAAAUAUUCCCCUUGUAAAAAGGGAUGUUACACUAAAAACCAGCUCUGAAGAUGGGAAUAAAAAUCAACAGCUCAAUUUUGCACCAAAUUCUAAUUUUAAAAUACUCGAUAACUGGCAGCAGACAUUGGUGCUUAUUCUGCUAGCUGUAUCUUUAUGGGAGGUUCUAGCAUCAGCACUGGAUUGGGUUACAGAUGAUGGGCUGUAUGACUACUUGGAUUUUGUGGACGCUGUUGAUCGCUAUGGCAGACAGUGGGUUUGGGGAUAUUUGGGUACAGCUGGAGCAGCUUUUAGCAUUGGUAUCCUUGUGGACAGGCUGGACUGUUUGCUCAAUACGCAUACCUCAAGAAAUGCUGUGCACUUCUAUGCUUAUGCUGCAGUACUUUUAUUGGCACUUAUUGUUGGAGUAUUACAUCCAGUACACACUGCUAAGAAAAAUGAUGCAGUCAACCAAACUUUUAAAGGUUUACAUCUAUUGGGAAGUGAUGGAAGAGCUAUCUUGUAUGCAGUUACGGUCUUGAUCACAGGAGCUAUUGGAUCUACAAUAAAUAAUUUCCUAUUUUGGCAAAUGCAGGACAAAGGAAGCAGUGAGGCAUAUAUGGGUACUGCUGUGGCAAUUGGGUUUCUGGCUGAGUUUUCAUUUUUCCAUUUCAAAGACAAAAUGUUAAAUAUCCUUUCAUUCUCUGGAACAAUGGGAUUUGCCCUAAUCUGUCUGGCAGCUCAGCUGCUCUACUAUUCAUUCCUAUGGUCUUCUUGGGCAGUAUUGCCUGUUCAAGUUUUAAAUGCAUUUAGCAAUAGUGCCUUGUGGUUGGCUGUUCUGAGUCAGUCUAGUGAUAUAGCUACUCCUGGCACUGAAAGAACACUCCAUAAGAUCUACCAUUGGAUAUCUUUUGGUCUGGGUGCGUGUUCUGGCAGCUUUUGCAGUGGCUUCAUUGUGAAUAGUUUUGGCAUAGAAAGGCUUUUUCAAGCAUGCUCUGUUACUGCCAUAGUUUGGGCAGUGUUUUUUCUCAUUAUACAAUCAAAAAUCCCUCGACAAAAGAGGUUAAACUACUCACGACUGUUAGCUGAUACUAGUGAUCUGAGUGACUCAGAUGAUGAGCAAAAUAAUGACUGGCUUGUUAAAGCUCUGAAAAAUGAUAACUUUUUAAUGAAGUGACCAGUUUACUUAUUUUGUGUUCCCUGCUGAAUAAACAAAUCUAAAUAGUUAGCAAAUAUUGUCAGGUUCAUUUAAGAAUCCAGACCAAGAUGUGGGAUAGAAAUUUUUAAAUUUGAUAUCCUAGUUUCUAUUAAAUGAGUAAUGCUAUCAGAUAUUGCAAACUAAUUCUAUUUCAGGGGGCUUCUCAUUCAAAUAAGCACUUUUAUCUGCAAAACUGCAAGAUUAUUUUUAAUGAAAAUAAAUUACGGAAAAUAGUUUUUUUGAGUAACUAGAAUAUUUAAAAUAUUCCUGUAAUAGUGAAGGUGGGUGUAAUUGUUUAUGCAGUGUCUCUAAUAUAAAACAUGCCUAUGUGAUGUACAGUGAACAAUAGGAGGAACAGAAGUAUUCUACACUGAAUAUAUUAUGAUCCAUAGUUUCAUUGUUUUAAAUAGAAAAGUUAUGCCAUACAAAGUUCACCACUUAAAAUAUCAAUAUCUACACAAAUAAUGCAUUUAUGAAGCACCUCCACAUUAUGCUCUCAGGGUUAUCAAAAUGUCACAGCCAUAGUUGUCUUUGUAUCUGUCUCAAUUUUCCUUUCUGCCCUUAUUGAACAUGUACAUACUCUUGCUCACUCCUUUCUGUUUGUGUGCACACCUGUAUUUGUGUCUCCUUCACACCACUGUCAUGCUUUAGAAUACCCUUGAAUAUAUCUAAAGCCUACGUUCAGUUUCUUGCUUAGUUGCUCAGCAUCUAUGGUGGAGGUUUGGUUCAAAGUUCUGGUUUAUCCCUUUUUUGUGGCAAUUGAUGUAUAAUAUUGUGAUGGCCUUGUGGGUGGAGAAAAGCAAUUGCAGUGUUUUUUUAAACAAUAGGGAAUUGAGACAAGUUUUCAUUUAAAAUGUCAAGUAGAUGAUUCAUGUUUUUCAGUCUCUAACAAAUUUUUAUGCAAGGUCAUACUUUGAAAUCUUGGUUAGAAUAUAUCCGUUCAAAGCUGCUAAUGUAUUAAAGUUAAGUACAUCAACUUGCUAGAAUUUUUACUGGGAGUUAAUAUUGAGUUAGAUCUAAAAUUUUAAAAAUAUAACACAUUGUUUGAGGUAUAAUUUAAGCCUGUCAGCAGAUGAAAAGAUGAAGCAAGAUUUUUGGGUGGAAGUGUUUGUGAUCAAAAUGAUCCAAUAAAGGAAGUAGAGAUUUAACACAGAAAAGACUUGACUAGUUAAUAAUAUGCAUAUGCUAAUUGCAGUUAUUAGCAUAAUGCUGUUCAAUUUUAAUAAAAUGUUUAAUGUUUUCUUGCAUUAAAUGUCAGUCAAAUGUUAAAGCAAAUUUAUAUUGCACUGUUUUGCUAGUUUUGUCGACAAUUAACUUUGGAGUUAAAUUCAGUUGAAUGGUGAAGCCAUUUUAGCUGCUGAUGGGGGAAUUGCUUUCUCUCUUCCAUCAUGCAAGUUUCCUACAUGUUGUGCCUUUUCCUCAACGAACUUCAGGUAACACAUAUCUCCACAGUCCAAUGAAACAAAGCUGUUUGUCUGUCAAUAAGUCACAUAAGCAAUCCGCUUUAACGCUGAUUUAAAAUCAGCGUUUGAUUUUAAAAUAAAUACUUUGUUGAUUUAAAAUAAAUACUUUGUGCUUCAAUGUAUGCAUUCCAGCUAUGAAAUUUUACCAAACUACUGAUUUUCUAAUAAAUAUGGCAGUAUAGCUAAUUUUCUUGAGUUAAAAAAUAGGUAUAUAGAGAAGUAAUUUUCUUACCUUCAUAUCAGCAGGGAACUUUUAAUUUACAGAACUUCUGAACAGUAACAUUCCACAUUUUUAUAUGCAAUUUUGAAAUGAGAAUUUUUGCACAGGAACCUUAUGCCACAAUCUACUAACAAGCCAAGGAAUAGGCAGAGGUAGAUGAGGAAUUUCCUUUCAUUCUUCCUCAAAUAAUUAACAUUUGCAUGUAAGUGUAUGGGAGUUUUCAGUACUAUUAUGGUUGUUUUUGGAAAAAGGACAACUGUGUGUAAUAUCUACAACAUAUUUUUAAGAAUACAUUGCUUAACUCUAUAAUCUCCCCUUUGUUGAUUGAGAACAUUAAUGACAUAAAGGUCAAUGAUGCCUUAAAAAAACAAACCCUCCCAUCAACAGUACAAGUUGAGGACCUUUUGUUUCUAAGGCUGAGUUCUUUAAACAAUUAGUUCCUUUAGUGAAGGGAGCUGCUCUUAAAUAUACUUAGUUGACAUAACUUCCUCUUUUUUUUAAAAAAAGGUUAAAAAUAGUUUUGAAGGCAAAGCACCAUUCUGAGGUAAUCUAUAUUAUUGGUAGAUUCAGGUGAGGUUUAGCUCUACACCUAUGCUUGUCUCUCUGGUAAGGAAGAACAAAAUGUUUCUCUUAACUGUAGGAAGCAUUAGCUGAAAUUUAGUUGAAGUUUACUUCCAUUGGUAUGAGGUUGAAAGGAAUGAUUUUCUUCAAAUUAUAUUAAAAUGAUAUACUGUAAAAUGUGAUUUGAUUUGAAUAACUUUUUUUCCACUGGUAAAAUAAAGCUGAAUGUGCCUUGCUGCAAAAAGGAUGGUAUGUUUUUUCUUACCAGGUUAAAACCUGGAGAGGGUAACUAAAACUAGUUAGUAACCACUAUUGUGUAAUAUUUGGUUAUACUUAUGAUCUCUGAAGGUUAAAUAUCAGUCAUGUAUUAGAUUUAUUUUGUUGGUGACUGGAUAUAUUAAUUUUAAAUCAUUAAUUUUAUUAAAAUUAUUUAAUCCUGUUUUAUUUGCUGAGUUUGUCAGUUUUAUUCAACAGAAAUUAACUGAAUUAAUAAGCCUGGUUCAGGUUCUGUGUUAGUGUAAUGUUAUAGGCUUAAAAAAAGGACAUUAAGUGCAUUUUUCAGGUAUAUUAUCUAUCUUUGAGUAUCAUAUUGAGAUUUUAACCAACAAGUAUAGCAUAAGCCAAGGAAAAUUAGAAUCAAUUUGGGUUCUUCCACCUUUAAAAGGCAGCUUUGAUUAACUGUACAAUUUGAGGGAUUGUUAAAUUUGUUUUUUUUUUCUUAAGAGUUAUAUUUUUAAGCAACCAGAGAAGUCACUAAGUUACAUAGUCUGCCAUUUUCUUUGGCUCCAUGUUCUCAGCAGCAUAUGAAUGUACAUUUUUAUGACUGCUAGUUAUCACUGUGCAGCAAAGUGAGUUUUUUAUGAUUGUGAAAUUUUAUAGAUUAUUAACAUGGUCAUCAUCUCACUGAUUGUUUUAAUAAAGGAAUGUGCAAUAAAGUCACUUUUAUAGAUUUGUA